UCCUCCAUGGCAGGCGAUUGGCUGGGCCGGGAAGGGAGGGGCGUGGCCGCGCGAGCUAGCUGAGCGGAAGCGGAAGCAGCCCUAUCUCCUUCAGCCAUGGAGCGGUACGACAAAGCGGCGCUGAACGCGCUCCCGACCCUGGAAGCCCGAGGCGAAGGUUCCUUGGCCUCCACUCUGAGGACUCUUCUGUUCUUCACAGCUUUAAUGAUUAUGCUACCCAUUGGACUCUAUUUUUCCUCAAAGACCUAUGUAUUCGAAGGCGUCUUUGGAAUGACCAACAGGGACAGCUAUUUUUACGCUGCCAUUGUUGCCGUGGUUGCCGUCCACGUUGUCCUUGCUCUUUUCGUCUACGCGGCCUGGAACGAAGGCUCCCGACAGUGGAGGGAGGGCAAGCAGGACUAAGUG